AUGUCUGUACAAGGUUGUGAUGCUUCAGUCAUCUUAACUGACAGCAAAGGUGAACGAAGCAAUUUCACUGAGAGGCAAGCUGUGCCAAAUAGGACAUUGAAAGGUUUUGACAUAAUAGAUUUGAUUAAGGAGGAGGUUGAAAAGGCUUGUCCUGGAGUAGUAUCAUGUGCUGACAUACUUGCACUUGCCACCAGAGAUGGCAUUCUUCUGGUUGGUGGCCCAUUUUAUCCUGUAUUCACGGGUAGAAGGGAUAGCAUUCAGUCUUACUUCAAUGAAGCAGUUGCUGAGAUUCCAAAUCCUGAUGGUAACCUCUCGGAGACACUUUUCCUCUUUGGCCUUAAAGGUUUUGAUGAAAGAGAGACAGUCAGUCUUUUAGGGGCACAUAAUAUUGGAAAAAUUAGCUGUGAGUUUAUUCAGAAUCGCCUCUACAAUUUCUUAGGGACUGGACAGCCAGACCCAAGCGUUCCAUUGGAUUUUCUCAAUGAAAUGAGAAUAAAUUGUCAAGAAAUUCGUGACAGCAGCAAUGGUAUGUCUCCUACUGCCACAAAUCCAUGUAUCUCGGAAAGUACUGUCUUCCAAGGACUAACUUCAAUUUCCUCCGGAGCUGGUUUUGACAAUCACUUUUAUCAGAACUUGGUAAGGGGUAGAGGACUCCUCUUUUCUGAUCAACAACUAAUGGCUGAUGAGAAGACUGCUAGAUAUGUAAGGGAUUAUGCCUUUGGUAAUGGAUCAGCCUUUAGAACAGACUUUGCCAGGGAUAUGGUAAAGAUAUCUGUACUCGAUGUAUUGACAGGAUUCCAAGGUCAGGUCCGAACUAACUGUUCCCUGCCUCUCUAUGGCUCUUAAACAACAGUCUCCUAACCAGGUUGUGCAUUUUGAGAUUCUCCAAUUCUUUACUAGUUUAAUGUACUACUAUCUCGAGGAGUUGUACAAUUGAUGAAAAACUUUUUGCUUCAAUACCUUCAACUACUAUUAAACCCAAUUGUGGAGCAAUAAUCAAGUUGAGGAUGACAUUUUGAUCUGUUUGUAAGUUUGAUCAGGAGAAUUCUGGAUAAGUAAUAUCUGUAGUGUACGAGCAUGAUUUCACUUCAUCA